AACGCCUUGAUGACGCAAAUCGACGCGUGGGUGCGGAAAGGAGUCAUCGAAAUGUCGGCUGGACAAAGUUUGAUGAACGUACCUGCUACUUUUAUGCGUGAAUAAUGUACGAUUUUCAUAUUUGAAUGAGGUGCUCUUUGCAGCAAAGUAUCAAAGAUUUUGUUUUUCUUGAUCGGAACUACUUCCCGUUGUUCUUCGCAUGAGAAGCAACUAGAAGGACAACCAAGCAACAGCAUCCGUCACCAUCAGAAAUCAAGCACAAAAUUUGACAAACAGGUGAUCCAAAACGAGCAAUGGACGGAUUUGUCGGACCUCACAGUGGUCCUCUGCGGUGCCGGUUCCGCCAUGGGCCCCUACCCUCUGUUGAUGGCAAUGGGGUGCAACGUGGUAGCCUUGGAUCUGCCAAGGCCCGGGAUCUGGGAAAGACUCAUCAAGAUUGCCAAGGACUCGCCAGGUAUAAUUAUGUUGGGCUUUCUUGUUCUCACCGGUUGUGGAGAAGGUGAAGAACCCUGUUUCUUGUCGUUCUUCCCAUUCCUAUUCCUUCGUGCUGCAAAAAUACAAGACUGCAAAAAUGCUUUGUGAUGCAUCAACUACAUCGCAGCCUUUUCUAAUCGUCCGCUGCUCAUCUAUCAUCCCAGGUACCCUGAUCUUCCCCGUGAGCAAGCAGAACGCCAAGCCCGAGGAGUUUACGCAAGUGGCCGGGUGCGACCUGCUGGCAGACACCCCCGAGGUCCGCUAUCCUAUGUAAAAACGUCCCCACCCCAUAGUCAAGAUGGGAUUGGGAAAUCUGCCACAUAAAUCAAUCAGUUUUGGUUGUUUCGGAUGACAAGUUUGCCCUCGUAGUGUACUAGCCCUGUUUAGCUAAUGCAGCAGCAUCACAAAGCUAGCCGAUCGCGCUGAUUCUAGCGUGACAAAUUCCAAAACGCGGGUAGAAAAUGCUUCUCAUGGGGCUCCGCAUGAGAAACUUUUUUGGCAUGCAGAUUUGCAUUGCAACUCUGGGGUGGGGACGUCGACGUUUUUGCUCAGGAUAUCCGCAACUGGCUGCUCACCGUGCAGCCCAACGACCGGCUGGUGAUUGGCGCCUACGCGUACUUGGAC